GAUCUGAACCAUAAUUCUGCAUUUUAAAUAAUCUUACAGUGGCAUGCCAUUUUGAUGUCAGUUUUAAGUUAUCUUGAUAUUAAGUUUAGUUUAAGCACAGGUCUCUCUUGACCAAUAUCAGGAUUUCUCUUGUCAGUAGUUCAAAGCACAAACCAAAGUGAUGCCACCUCCUGAAACAAUGUACUGCGCCCAGCAGAUCAACAUUCCCCCAGAGCUGCCUGAUAUUUUAAAGCAGUUCACAAAAGCUGCAAUCAGGACACAACCACAAGAUGUGCUUGAAUGGGCAACCGACUAUUUUUCAGCACUGUCAAAAGGUGAGGCCCUACCAGUCAAAGAGAGGAUGGAAAUGCCAAUGGCAACUCAGAAAACUGACACAGGACUGACGCCAGGCCUUCUGAAGAUCCUUCAUCAACAGCUCGCACAUAAAGAAAUCAUUACAAAAGAAGAGCUUCUUCAGAAGUGGAAAGGCCUGUGUUUGCCUUUUGAACAGCUGGACACAAUCCUUGCCCUUGGUAACUUCUAUGAAAAUAUCGAUUGGAUGCAGUUUUUUGCCUUGGGAUGCAGUGCUUUGGGUGGGACCAUCAAGAGUGCUUUGAAACAUGCCUGUGAGAUACUUACAGAGGACCAUGAAGGUGGUGCAGCCCAGAUUCCUUUCGACACAUUUCGGAGUCUGUACACAUACCUUGCCCAUCUGGAUGGAGAAAUUCCUAAAGAACAGACUGACAGCUUCCUGCUCAGUCUACAGGAGAUUGCAGAACACCAUGGUGGAAUGGUGCAACCUUCACAUUUUACAGGCCUCUGCAGCAUGUAGAAGUCCAGAACAGAUGGUCCUAAUAUGCCGAUUUAAUGUUCUUGUAGAUACCUACAACACUGCAGAACGUGCCCAAAACAUUCUGUAUGGAUCAGAGUUACUGUGUGUGCUCUCUUUAUUCUGUUAUUUUGAUGUAAAUGUAUUUUUAAC